CUCCACUCGCGCUAUAAAGGCCCUAACUUUCCCGCCACCUCUGAAGACGCGUAACCCCUUGAUUUUCCGAGAAAAUCUCUAAUUUCUCAUCAGACACCUUACAUUUCACUCCCAAUAUUCUGUUAUGGUUUCUCAUAAUUCAUAUGCCCUAAACUUUUCCGGGAUAUUUCCUUUUCCUCGUUGAAAUUAGGGUUUCCGAUCUGAUAUUGGAGUCGAAUUCCAACUCUUCUCCGUUUGUGGAACUUGUUUAGGGUUUUCGAAAAUGUUGACUACAUUAUGCUGGAGACACCACACGCUGAUUCAAUCUCUGCUAUCUCGCGGUCCGCUCAGGGAGGAUGAGUUCCAUUCUAUCUUCUCCAACGUUACUGGGAAAAGUCCAGGUACUCGUCAACAGCUUUUCAAUGAUUUUCUUCUAAAGAUAAACAAGGAGCUCGCAUAUGUUCAGUUUGAGUUGCGGGCCUGUAGAAACCAAUAUGAUGGCAAUGUUUAUUAUGGUGUUGUCAAUAAUGUUGCAGAUGAACAGUCAAAGCUUGGAACAAAAUACACAGUGCCUCAGAUUGCUUUCUAUAAGGGCAUUAUAGAAGCCAUUGUUCAAGAUACGACUGCUCGGGGUAGCUUAUUGAAUUUAGAUGCUCUCAAUAUACGAUUGGAGAAUCAGGCUCUGACUGGAACGGGGUCACAAUCACAAGGUGGUCCAUCUCAAGUGCCCCCCGCAUUCAGAAAUUUCUCUUUAUCUCAAAAGGAGAAAACUCUUGAGGAACUCGUGCGGGAUCAGUGGCUUUGUUCCACCCCAGAUGGUAACAUCGGACUUGGUGUUAGAUCCUUCCUCGAUCUACGAAGUUGGUUCCGUAAUAAUGAUGUUCCUUCAUGUGAAGUUUGCAAUGAGGCUGGACUAAAGGCGGAGUUAUGCCAUAAUGAAACAUGUACCGUUCGAAUUCAUAAAUACUGUCUACAAAAGAAAUAUUCUCAAAGAAAGGUUGAAAGAGUUUGUCCAGGUUGUGGCACUCAGUGGCUGAUCCCAGUGUCCAAAACAGAAGUUGUAGAGGAAGAGGAUGAACCAAAUGUACCCUCUCAGAACGGGCGACCUCCUCAACCCUCCACGCGAAAGACGUUGAGGACAGGCAAGACUGUUGAUGGGGGUGAUACCGUUGGAUCUGGUUCCUCUCAGGCUUCUUUGCUUAAUUCAGAUACAAGGAGGACAACUCGGAGUUCUGCUCGACUGGGAUAGAUAUGCUUCUGUGCUGCUCGUACAUAAGAUUACCAGUUCAAGUAUGCUAUUUAUUUUUGUUUCAACUAAUUAACAAUCCUAGAUUGUAUAAAGCUCAUUGUGAAACUGAUAGUUUAUGUCACAAAACCAAAUCACUUUGUGUAUGAGCAGAGAUUGUUAGCUUCAAUGGAGUCUUGUUAUCUUUCU